UGUCAAGGGUCAAUCUGAACCACCAAUGAAGCAUGAGAUUAAGAAAUCCGACAUACCGGUUUGUGUCAAAGGUGACCAGCCAAUAAAGCAUGAGAUUAAGAAAUCCGACAUACCGGUUUGUGUCAAGGGUCAAUCUGAACCACCAAUGAUGCAGCAAACUCCAAAACUCAAGGAACCUGUGAAGAGUCAGUGUCAACCUCCAAAGCUGCAAAAGCCCCUGGAGCCCCUGAUUUCUUCUCACCUAAAGGAGGAUCUCAUUCAUUCCAGCUACAAAAAACUCAUGAGCGAGUUGAACAAACCAGGAGUCCCAUAUAUGUUGAGUCUUGCCAAUCGUCUGUAUGGAGAGAAAUCCUAUCAGUUUAUUGAUAAAUUCAUUAGUGAGACACAGAAAUACUACCAGGCUGGACUGGAGUCUGUGGACUUCAUAAAAAACUCAGAAGCUGCACGCGUCAACAUCAACAACUGGGUGGAGAAAACGACACAAGGGAAGAUCAAAGACUUGCUGGCACAGGGGAUCGUCAAUGAUAUGACUCGUUUGGUUUUGGUGAACGCCAUCUACUUCAAAGGAAACUGGGAGAAAAAAUUCAAAAAGGAAGCCACAGUUGAACAACAGUUUAAAGUGAACAAGAAUGAAACUAAACCAGUGAAGAUGAUGAGUCAGACAUCAAAGUUUCUUGUGGGCUUCAUCCCAGAGGUGAACAGUAAGAUCCUGGAGCUGCCGUAUGUUGGGAAGAAUCUGAGUAUGUUUAUCAUCCUUCCAAAUGAGAUUGAAGACGACACCACUGGACUUCAGCAGCUGGAGAAAACACUGACCUAUGAGAAGCUCAUGGAGUGGACCAAGCGUGAGAUGAUGAGUGUAGAAAAAAUUCAGAUAUCUCUGCCCAAAUUCAAGCUGGAAGAAACCUACAACAUGAAGAAUCUGUUGGUGAAACUGGGAAUGGUGGAUGCUUUUGAGAAGGGGAAGGCAAAUUUUUCAGGCAUGUCCCCCAAUAAUGAUCUGGUGGUGUCUGAGGUGAUUCAUAAAUCCUUUGUUGAAGUCAAUGAAGAAGGAACAGAAGCAGCAGCGGCUACUGGUGUUGUCAUGGGGUUACUAAGCAUGCCUCCAAAUGACUUCAAAGCUGAUCAUCCCUUCCUGUUCCUCAUCCGACACAAUCCCACCAACACCAUUCCGUUUUUUGGACGCUUCUCCUCUCCAUGAGCUCCUCCUGCUUGUUUGACCUUCUCAAGAGUUUCGUUUCUGAAGGUUUUCGCUUGUUUUGAAUGAUUGUACAAUGAAAGUUCUAGACUGGGGUUAUGGUCAUGAGCUGUGUACUGUAUCUCGUAUCUAAUCAAAGGUUUUAGUUUGAAUAUAACCAAAUGUUUGUUUCCCUAUCCUUGCAUAAAAUGCACUUCAUUACAAAAUAAAUUAUACCAGGGAACAAUGCUAUUAAACAACUUUAAGAAUUGAACUAAACAUGCAUGUGACAGAUACUUUACAUGUUGGGCAAGUAUUCAUACUCUAGGUCAGUGGUCUCCAACAUGGUGCCCGUGGGUUUUAUACAUUGUGGUAGCCUUUUCUCACAAAAAGGUUUGAGACCCCUGCUCUAGGUAGAUUCUGUAGUCGUGGUAAAUAAAAAAGAUAAAGCAAUAAAACAAGUGGAAAUGUCUUCUACUCUCCUCUCAGUAUCUCCUCGGCUCUUGCCAUGGUGUCUCUUGGUGCUAAAGAAAACACAAAAGAUCAGAUCUUACAGAUGAUGACACAUAUCUUGAAUGUUUGCACUUUUAUAGCAUUUUCUCUUUGAUUAGGCUAAUAGAUAAACUUUAGUGAAUGAUCGCAUAAUAGAGGGAUAAAGUUUUUGAUGCCAGAAUAUCCUCUUCAUUCUGUGUAUUUUCCUUAUGAGUGGCAUUGUGUGACUUACACAUCAUUUCCAGAGAUUUUUGUAAGAGGGUAUUGGGUUUACAUGCAUAUAUAAUACGUUUGUUUAUGUUGGGUUCAAUAAAUGGUCUUUAUAAUAAA